AUGCCGUCCUUCUCUGGCUGGACGUGUCUGGGGAGAUUGUGCGACUCUGAGAGAAGCAAGGUGACAUCAUCUGGAAGAACCAGCCCCAGGAGCUCGUGCAGAUGGAGACUGGUUGUUGAGGACCAGGACAGGAGUGUCACCGGAGCCCCUUACCCCACUCACAGGCGGGCCGUCAUCACCUAUUCGUUGUACUUGUGCAUUGAGGACCACUGCCCAUGUGAACACAUAUUGAACAGCUUUGAUCCUCUGGUUGCCCACCCUCAGGACCCUCCCCACUCGUCAGAGAAACCUGUCAUCCACUGCCACAAGUGUGGGGAACCAUGUAAGGGCGAAGUGCUUCGGGUCCAGACCAAACACUUCCACAUCAAAUGCUUCACCUGCAAAGUGUGUGGCUGUGACCUGGCACAAGGUGGCUUCUUCAUCAAGAACGGAGAGUACCUCUGCACCAUUGACUACCAGCGCAUGUAUGGGACACGCUGCCAUGGCUGUGGGGAGUUCGUGGAAGGAGAGGUGGUGACGGCCCUGGGCAAGACCUACCACCCCAACUGCUUUGCCUGUACUCUCUGCAAGCGCCCAUUUCCACCCGGAGACCGAGUCACAUUCAAUGGGAGAGACUGUCUUUGUCAACUCUGUGCCCAGCCGAUGUCGUCCAGCCCAAAGGAAACCACUUGUUCCAGCAACUGCGCUGGCUGUGGACGAGACAUCAAGAAUGGGCAGGCGUUGCUGGCACUGGAUAAGCAAUGGCACUUAGGCUGUUUCAAGUGCAAGUCGUGUGGGAAGGUCUUGACCGGCGAGUACAUCAGCAAGGAUGGUGCUCCAUAUUGCGAGAAGGACUACCAGGGGCUCUUUGGGGUGAAAUGUGAAGCCUGUCACCAGUUUAUCACUGGAAAAGUCCUGGAGGCGGGUGACAAGCAUUACCACCCCAGCUGUGCACGAUGCAGCAGAUGCAACCAGAUGUUCACAGAAGGAGAGGAAAUGUAUCUUCAAGGUUCCACCGUUUGGCAUCCCGACUGUAAGCAGUCUACCAACACAGAAGAAAAGCUGCGGCCUACCAGGACCUCCUCCGAGAGCAUUUAUUCUCGACCCGGCUCCAGUAUCCCAGGCUCACCAGGUCAUACCAUCUAUGCAAGAGUAGACAAUGAAAUCCUGGACUACAAGGAUUUAGCAGCCAUCCCCAAGGUCAAGGCCAUUUAUGACAUUGAACGUCCAGAUCUUAUUACCUAUGAGCCUUUCUACUCAUCUGGCUAUGAUGACAAGCAGGACAGACAGAGCCUUGGAGAGUCUCCAAGGACUUUAUCUCCUACUCCGUCUGCAGAAGGUUACCAAGAUGUUCGGGAUCGGAUGAUGCAUCGGUCCACUAGCCAGGGUUCCAUCAACUCCCCCGUGUAUAGCCGCCACAGUUACACUCCAACCACAUCUCGUUCGCCUCAGCAUUUUCAUAGGCCUGGCAAUGAGCCAUCCAGCGGCCGGAACUCCCCUCUCCCUUACCGGCCAGACAGCCGUCCUCUGACUCCAACUUAUGCUCUGGCCCCUAAACAUUUCCAUGUUCCAGAUCAAGGGAUCAACAUUUACCGAAAACCACCCAUCUACAAACAGCAUGCUGCCCUGGCAGCCCAGAACAAAUCUUCAGAAGACAUCAUCAAGUUUUCCAAGUUCCCAGCAGCCCAGGCGCCAGACCCCAACGAAAUCCCAAAGAUUGAGACGGACCACUGGCCUGGUCCCCCCUCACUUGCCGCCAUAGGAACGGAUAUGAGACGCAGAUCCAGUGGCAGAGAGGAAGACGAGGAGGAGCUUCUGAGACGCCGGCAGCUUCAAGAAGAGCAAUUAAUGAAGCUCAACUCAGGCCUGGGACAGCUGAUUCUGAAAGAAGAGAUGGAGAGGGAGAAGGAGAUCCGAGAAAGGGCAUCUCUCUCAGCCAGUCGCUAUGAUUCUCCCAUAAACUCAGCGUCACUUGUUCCAUCAUCUAAAACGUCAUCUCUCCCGGGCUAUGGCAAAAAUGGACUUCACCGGCCUGUUUCCACAGAUUUUGCUCAGUAUAACAGCUAUGGAGACGUCAGUGGUGGAGUCCGAGAUUACCAGACCCUCCCGGAUGGUCACAUGCCUGGAAUGCGGAUGGACCGAGGAGUCUCCAUGCCCAACAUGUUGGAACCAAAGAUAUUUCCAUAUGAAAUGCUCAUGGUGACCAACAGAGGGCGCAACAAAAUCCUAAGAGACGUGGACAGGACCAGGCUGGAGCGCCACUUAGCCCCAGAAGUCUUCCGGGACAUCUUCGGGAUGUCCAUACAAGAAUUUGACAGGUUACCUCUCUGGAGACGCAACGACAUGAAGAAGAAAGCAAAACUCUUCUAAGUCCCGCACGUAGACAGCAAUUAGAAAAAGGAGCAGCUGUGGAGGGGACCGGGACCCAUUGGAUAUUGUAAGAAAGGCCCAAAAUAUGACUGGAGAAUAUGCAAACUACUGUGAUCUGAGCAGCAACAAAAAAGGAAGAAUCUGAUGAAAACACCAUGAGCCGACUCCUGGGCCAAGCAACAGCAACACUUGCCAAGAAGCAACGAGGUAGAAAUCUCUGUGUUC